CGCCGCUGCUCGCCCGGGCCUGCCCCGCGGGCAUGCAGCCGCCCCGCUCACCUCCUCUUCACCUCUGCUGCUUGCCGUGCAGGAACCGACCUCCCGGGGCGCGGCCCGGGCCUCGCACCGCGACCCCGGCAGCGGGCUCCGUCUGAGGCGGGCGGCAGGACGGCCACCUGCCCCGGCCCGGCGGCUCCGGCGUUGUUGCUUCGACGCCAGCAUGGCUCCCCCGGCCCGGCCCGCCCCGGCCGGCGUGCGGCAGAGGUAGCGCCGGUGCGGGCGGCCCAGGGCUUGCGAUGGGAGCGGGCGAGGCUUGAGGCCGGAGCGCAGCAGCCCCCGGCCCCUUCCCUCGCCGCCAGCAGCGUGUGGAGCCCGCCAGAGCCAGAGCUUCGCCUGCGCAGCUGCCAUGGUUCCGCCGUGCUUCGUCCCGCUGGACCGCAACCGCACUUGAAGCCAAAUACGUGGCUCUGUGGCCUUCGCCAACUCAAUGCUAUGCAAAAGAAAAGGAGGAAAAAAAAGAAACCUCGACACGGGUUGCGGUGGGAAUGGCUGUGUCCUGCCCGGGCUGAGCCCACGUCUGGUUUCUGCAGGUGAGAGGAACUGACUCUGCCUUACCCGGUGGAAGGCGACAGUGCGUGUGGCAGCCUGGAGCUGCGGUAGCGCUCGGUCGUUACUGGCCAGUUGGAACUUUCACUCGUUUAGUGUUUGGUGUUUUUGCCUCAAGUCACCCAAGGAGCCUUGUUGCCGUCGUCGGAAGUGCUGGAGGAACCUGAGCUUGUCUUAAUUCUUCACCUCAAGUGGCUUUGUCUGGCAGCGAGUGCAGCCAACCUGCCCACCUGAAGGACCUUCUCCUCCAAAGCUCCUCCUCAGCCUGGAAGAUCAGGGAUCACAGGCUUCUUCCCAAAACUUCUCCUGCUAGGAAAGGCUGCCCAGAGAUACUUUAUGGGGCAGCAGCCUGGAAAAGUUCUUGGGGACCAAAGGAGGCCGAGUCUGCCUGCCCUGCACUUCAUCAAGGGAGCAGGGAAGAAGGAGUCAUCCAGGCAUGGAGGCCCUCACUGCAACGUCUUCGUGGAGCAUGAAGCCCUCCAGAGACCUGUGGUGUCCGACUUCGAGCCCCAGGGCCUGAGCGAAGCAGCUCGCUGGAACUCCAAGGAGAACCUCCUGUCCUGCCCCAGUGAGAAUGACCCCCACCUCUUCGUUGCACUCUAUGACUUCGUGGCCAGUGGGGACAACACUCUCAGCAUAACUAAAGGUGAGAAGCUGCGCGUGCUGGGCUACAACCACAACGGGGAGUGGUGCGAGGCCCAGACGAAGAACGGGCAAGGUUGGGUGCCCAGCAACUACAUCACCCCUGUGAACAGCUUGGAGAAGCACUCCUGGUACCAUGGCCCAGUGUCUCGGAACGCUGCUGAGUACCUGCUGAGCAGUGGCAUCAACGGCAGCUUCCUGGUGCGCGAGAGCGAGAGCAGCCCCGGGCAGAGGUCCAUCUCCCUGCGCUACGAGGGCAGGGUCUACCACUACAGGAUCAACACUGCCUCUGAUGGGAAGCUCUACGUGUCCUCGGAGAGCCGCUUCACCACGCUGGCCGAGCUGGUGCACCACCACUCCACGGUGGCCGACGGGCUCAUCACCACCCUGCACUACCCCGCGCCCAAGCGCAACAAGCCCACGGUCUACGGCGUCUCGCCCAACUACGACAAGUGGGAGAUGGAGCGCACAGACAUCACCAUGCGGCACAAGCUGGGCGGGGGGCAGUACGGAGAGGUCUACGAGGGCGUCUGGAAGAAGUACAACCUGACCGUGGCUGUCAAGACUCUCAAGGAGGACACCAUGGAGGUGGAAGAGUUCCUGAAGGAAGCUGCAGUAAUGAAGGAGAUCAAGCAUCCCAACUUGGUGCAGUUGUUAGGGGUGUGCACCCGGGAGCCUCCCUUCUACAUCAUCACUGAGUUCAUGACCUACGGCAACCUGCUGGAUUACCUGCGCGAGUGUAACCGGCAGGAGGUGAACGCUGUGGUGCUGCUCUACAUGGCCACUCAGAUCUCCUCAGCCAUGGAGUACCUGGAGAAGAAGAACUUCAUUCACAGGGACCUUGCUGCCAGGAACUGCCUGGUAGGGGAGAACCACUUGGUGAAGGUGGCAGAUUUCGGCCUGAGCAGGCUGAUGACAGGGGACACCUACACUGCCCACGCCGGAGCCAAGUUCCCCAUCAAGUGGACAGCACCAGAGAGCUUGGCCUACAACAAGUUCUCCAUCAAGUCUGACGUGUGGGCCUUUGGAGUUCUGCUGUGGGAAAUCGCCACCUACGGGAUGUCGCCGUACCCUGGCAUUGACCUCUCUCAAGUUUACGAGCUGCUGGAGAAGGACUACCGGAUGGAGCGUCCCGAAGGCUGCCCGGAGAAGGUUUAUGAGCUCAUGAGAGCCUGCUGGCAGUGGAGCCCCUCUGACAGACCUUCCUUUGCUGAGAUCCAUCAGGCCUUUGAGACCAUGUUCCAGGAGUCCAGCAUUUCAGAUGAGGUGGAGAAGGAGCUGGGAAAGAAGGGCAUGAGGAGUGUGAUGAGCAAUUUCCUCCAGGCCCCAGAGUUGCCAACCAAAACACGAACUACGAGGAGAGCUGCUGAAAGCAAAGACACCAACGAGGGCUUGGAGGCUGCACAUGCUCGAGGCCAGGGGGAGUGUGACCUCCUGGAUCACGAACCUGCCAUCUCCCCCCUGCUGCCACGCAAGGAGAGGGCGGCCCUGGAGAGCAGCCUGAACGAGGACGAGAGGCUGCUUCCCAAGGACAAAAAGCACAACCUCUUCAGUGCCCUCAUCAAGAAGAAGAAGAAGACAGCCCCAACGCCCCCCAAGCGCAGCAGCUCCUUCCGGGAGAUGGACGGGCACACGGAGCGCCGGGCGGGCGCCGAGGAGGAGGGCAGGGAGCCUGGCAACGGCGCCGGCACCGCGCCCCCCGCCGACGGGGGGGACCCCUCCAAAUUCCAGAGCCCCAGCAACGGGGCUGGGGUGACCAACGGCGUCGUGCCGGGGGGCUCGGGGCUCCUGUCCCCCCACCUGCGUAAGAAGUCCAGCACGAUGAGCGGCAGCCGCGGGGGAGCUGCCGAGGAGGAGCCUGGGUCCAACUCCAGCAAACGCUUCCUGAGGUCCUGCUCGGCCUCCUGCGUGCCCCACGGCGCCAAGGACACGGAGUGGAAGUCUGUCACCCUGCCUCGGGACCUGCAGUCCACAGGGCGCCAGUUCGACUCCUCCACCUUCGGGGGGCACAGGAGCGAGAAGCCGGCGCUGCCUCGCAAGAGGGCCAACGAGGCCAAGGCCGACCUGGCUGCCAGGGGCACGGUCACCCCUCCCCCGCGGCUGCUCAAGAAGAGCGAGGAGCCCACCGACGAUGUCUUCAAGGAUGCAGAGUCCAGCCCCGGCUCCAGCCCUCCCACUCUGACGCCAAAACUUGGCCGUAGGCAGCCUGCAGCCCCUCCGUCCUCCGGCACGCUGCACAAGGACGAGGGAGCCAAAUCCAGUGCCUUAGGUACCUCUGUGCUGAUGGACCAAGGCUCUGCUGCCAAAGCCAACCCUGCUGCCUUCGUGGGUGCCAGCAAGGCCUCUUCCGAGGAGCCGCGGCUGAGGAGGCUGAAGCAGAGCUCGGAGGCGGCGGGGAAGGACAAGGGGAAGCUGUCGAAGCUGAAGCCAGCCCCUCCCCUGCCUCUCUCCUCAUCCUCCAUCGGCAAGCCCGGGAAGGCUUCUCACAGCCCCAGCCACGAAGCAGCAGCGGCAGCAGAUGUGGUGUCUGGGCCCAAACCCAAGCAGCCAGCCCAGGUGGGCGAGGCUGGCAGCAGCGACGCUGCCAAGCCCAACCAGCCGGGGGAAGGUGUGAAAAAGCUGGGGCUGGCCUCUGCCCCGAAGCCACAGGCCCCUGCCAAGCUGCUGCUGGGCACAGCCACCCCAGCUGCCUCUUCCUCCUCCGGCCCCUCGGCCCCGGGCGGGGAGCAGCCAUCCUCCACAGCCUUCAUCCCCCUCAUCUCCACCAGGGUGUCCCUGCGCAAGACGAGGCAGCCCCCGGAGCGCAUCGCCAGCGGCGCCAUCACCAAGGGGGUGGUGCUGGAGAGCACCGAGGCCUUGAGGGUGGCCAUCAGCAAGAACUCGGAGCAAAUGGCCAGCCACAGCGCGGUGCUGGAGGCCGGCAAGAACCUCUACACCUUCUGCGUCAGCUACGUGGACUCCAUUCAGCAGAUGAGGAACAAAUUCGCCUUCCGGGAGGCCAUCAACAAGCUGGAGAACAGCCUGCGGGAGCUGCAGAUCUGCCCGGCCACGGCCGGCAGCGGCGCCGCCGCCGCCCAGGACUUUAGCAAGCUCCUCAGCUCGGUGAAGGAGAUCAGUGACAUCGUCCAGAGGUAGCAGAAGCCAGGCUGGGAAAGAAAGAAAAUGAAAUCCAACCCUGACGGGCCAAAGCCAACUGUGGAGAGAGUGGACUGAGAGGAGCGGGGGGUGGGGGGGUCCAGCUUAGGGCUGUGCAGACUGCCAGCGGCCACCCCAGCUCCCAGGGGCAGGGGCUGGCUUCAGGAGGCACUUCCCACCCUCUUGGCUCAGCCUCCCCGUGUUUCAUAUCCCUGUAAUCAUCUUAUCUGUGGAGUUCUUGCCUUGUGGACUACCAAGUCUGAAUGCUGAUGCCACCCCAUGCCUUUUGAUUUAAUGUUGUGUUGUUCUGGACAGAGCCUUAAGACUGAAGCCAGACUGAUGGACACUGAGAUGCCACCCUCCUGGGGAGGACUCCACUGCGUUGUCACCCCCUCCCCUGCCCCAUUCUACGUGAGGAUGAGUGUUGAAUAGCAAUACCCCCACCACCUGCCUUGGGAGAGCUGCAGCACAGGUCCUUGCCCCGAGGCUGGCGUUUACCUGACAGCAAAGCCACAGAUUCGGUGCUUGGGAAGGGGAAGGGAGGGAAAUUGUUCAGUUCUGUGCUCCAGCUGAUGCUUGCCCAAGCUCUCUCCAUGCCUCCAGCUGCUGCCCCUCAUCUCUGUCGUUUUUCAGUUGUUUCUUCAUCUUGUUCAGCCCAGAGGAGUCCCUUUGGGUUCAGAACACUGCAGACGUAGUGGCAGAGGAGGCUGUUUGUGGACCUGCCUUGGCAGGAAGGAAGGUCUGGAGAAGGUUGUUGCUGGUUCUCUCCCGUGAUGCCCACCCUCACCCAGGUGGGGGGUUGCAGAGGCUGGGGAGCAGGAGGCUGGUGCUGAAUAAGGCCUGAGAGCCAGAGGGGCUGCAGGCAGGGCGAUAGCUUAGGAUGGGUCCAGAGACACCACUGUGCCUCCAGCAGCUGCUCCAGCCAAGCUGGCUCAGCACAGAGGGCUGAGCACUGCUGUUUAUCCAGCUCUGUGUUCUGGGGAGGGAAGGUGGGACCUGGCUUCUGCCCUCCCCUAGAGACCCGAGCUGGGAGGUGCUCCAGUGCCUGCCUCCCCGUGAGCAGCUCAGGUUGCCAGUGUUGGGGGUUGGAACCAGCACUACCAGCAUCCAACAGGGGGCUGGGAAGUCUGCAGAGGCUUCUCCUGGGUGCAUCUCCCAGCACAGAAAGCUGCCAGCAGCACUCCUGGGCUUCCUUCCCAGGGUCCUGGGACCUUCCCAACUAGCGCAGCACGACUGGGAACUAACUGUGACUCGUGACAAUAGUGACAGAAGAAGGUUUAGGGCUAUUAACAGUGCAAUUUAACUCCUCUUUAACAGUUCCAAACGGGAGGGAAAGGCCUCUCCCACGUCCUCCUCCCUCCUGCCCCCUCCCCUCUAUCUCCAAACACUAACUGCCUUCCGUUGUAUCUUACCCUGCUCUCCCGGGGCCUGGGUUGUGUGAUGAUCUCUGCUAGCUCACCCCAACCCCUGCCCUCACAGCCAGCCCCUGACAGCUGUUCAAAAGGAAACCCACAACUGCCACAGGCUGCCUUGAGAGAACCUGAGGAGAAAGGAAAGCCCCCAAGGCCCUUGGACUGUCUCUUUCCCGGAGGUACUGUUUUUAUCUGAUAACAUUUUUGUGCCACUAUAUUAUCCCUUUGUAUCUUGGUAUUACACACUUUUGUAGACUUGUCUUUUUUACAGUGUGUAAAUAGCUCUGUCCUGCAGCUCUCUGAUACCUGAGGGGCUUAUUUCCCCUUCCUUUGGCUCCAGCACAGAUUGGUUCUGUGCACAGCUUCCGAGUCUUCCUCCUCUCCCUCUCCCUCUCCUUCUCUCUUUGUUUUUUUGUUUUGUUUUGUUUCUCUUUCUCAUUGGAUUUUUUUUUUACUCAUUUUUUUAUUCCAGUCUCUCUUGUGUAGUAUAUUUAAAAAUAAAUCAAUGGUGAGGAAAACCUC